GUCCUCUUCUACUUCCAGAGCAGCCUCAGCCCAGCCUCUGAAGAUAUGAGAUCCACCUGGCAAAGCAAGGCUGGUCGCAGCCCACUCCAGGCCCUGUAUGAGAGUGACCAGUUUGAGCAGUCGUCCCUGCAGGCAGUUCACCAGCAGAGACGGGAGAUGUUGAGCAACGUCUGCAGCCGUUACACGCGCAAGCGGCGUCUCCUGCAGCCGGACGACUUGCGGCACUUGGUGGUGGACGACACGCACGGGCUGCUCUACUGCUACGUGCCCAAAGUGGCCUGCACGAACUGGAAGCGGGUGAUGAUGGUCCUGACGGGGCAAGGCAAGUACAAGGACCCCUUGGAGAUCCCCGCCCACGAGGCCCACGUCCCCUCCAACCUGCGCACCCUGUCCGAGUACAGCGUUCCCGAGAUCAACUCCCGCCUGCGCAGCUACCUCAAGUUCGUCUUCGUGCGGGAGCCCCUGGAGCGCCUGGUCUCGGCCUACCGCAACAAGUUCACGCUCAGCUACAACACGGCCUUCCACAAGCGCUACGGCACCAAGAUCAUCCGGCGGCACCGGCGCCAGCCCAGCGAGCGGGCCCUGGAGCGCGGCGACGACGUGCGCUUCGAGGAGUUCGUGUACUACCUGCUGGACCCGCGCACGCAGCAGGAGGAGCCCUUCAACGAGCACUGGGAGCGGGUGCACUCGCUCUGCCACCCCUGCAUCAUCCACUACGACGUGGUGGGCAAGUACGAGACCCUGGCUGAAGAUGCCAACUACAUCCUGCAGCUGGUGGGGGCCGACACGAGCGUCAAGUUCCCGGCUUCAUCCAAGACCACCAGGACGACGGACGACAUGACGGCCCAGUUCUUCCAGGACAUUAGCCCUUUCUACCAAAGGAGACUCUUUAAUUUAUACAAAAUGGACUACUUGCUAUUCAAUUACUCCAUCCCCUCGUACCUCCGCAUCCGAUGAGGCAGGGGCUGUGGGGGAAGAGGUGAGGGAGAGCUGGAUAACUCUCAUCUUGCUACAGUUCCUCUCCUCCUACCUUGUGCUCAUCUCUUGAUUGACUUCUUCCCUGUGCCCUUGUAUUAAGGUCUGCUCCACCUCCUGAUGCCUUGUUCGUGCAUGAUCUCGAGGAAGAACACUUCUCAAAACACUGGGGCUGGAGCUUUUCCUUCCCUUUCCCUCACAGCCUUCAAUAUCUACAGGGAAUGGUGGUGGGACUGGACACUUCUUGCCUUGGUUGGGGACUUUUAACUAAGAGAAUCCUCCAUAGAACCAAAUCUUGGGAAGGCUUCUUUUUUGGGCAGGAUCCCUUCAGGUCUUUCUUCUCCUUACUGGGCUCUUUGGGGGCAGACAUGGAGUCUCAGGGGUCAGAGUGGAGUGUAUCAGAGACUUGCAUAGAACCAGAAAUAAAGCAAUAAUUUAAUGUAA